AAAGUAUUAAAAGAAGCCAAGCUCUCCAAAACGGCAUAAUUUGAAGAAUUGGAGCUGGAUUAGUCAAUAUUCACAAAAAUAAAUAGUGCCUCUUUCUCCUCGUCUCUCAUCGUCGGCGGUCCCCCAAUUCAGAUUCCCCCCAAAUUGCCGUUGUUUCCCAAGGAAGCGAAGAGGGGGAUUUUCAUGGAGAGCAUAGCAUUGUGGCAAGCGUCGGCUCUCUGUGGAAUCGCGUCGUGGAUUGCUGUGUCUUCGUGUUUCAAUGUCACCCAAAAGAUUCGAUCUUUGCUGCAGCCAUGGGCGUCCCACCACGUCGCCGCCGGCACCCCUGCCGUUCUCCGGAUCCAGAAGCACCAGAAUAGAUAUUUGGAUGCCCUCUUCUCCGGCUUGUCUUGUGUCGUCUCUGUGCCCUUCUACACGGCCUUUCUUCCUUUCCUGUUCUGGAGUGGACAUGGCAAAUUGGCUAGGCAGAUGACCCUUUUGAUGGCUUUCUGUGAUUAUUCAGGGAACUGUAUUAAGGAUGUGGUGUCAGCUCCAAGACCCAGUAGCCCUCCAGUCAGGAGAGUCACUGCCACAAAGGACGAGGAAGACAAUGCCUUGGAAUAUGGGUUGCCUUCUUCCCACACUCUCAACACCGUUUGCCUUUCUGGGUACCUUUUGCACUAUGUUUUAUCCUAUAUGCAAGUUCAGGAUCAGUCAUUGACCUUUGCGGCAGUUGCCUUCGUUUGCUUGCUUGUCUGCCUCACUGGUUGGGGAAGGAUUUACCUUGGCAUGCACAGCUUGAUUGAUAUCAUCGGUGGUCUUCUUAUUGGUCUCAUGAUCCUUGCCUCUUGGCUGACUGUGCAUGACCACAUUGACAGCUUCAUAAUCUCUGGACAGAAUGUUACAACAUUUUGGGCGACUUUGAGCUUCUUGUUGCUUUUUGCUUAUCCAACUCCCGAGUUCCCAACGCCAAGCUUUGAAUACCACACAGCCUUUGAUGGUGUCGCAUUUGGAAUUGUGGCUGGAAUCCAGCAAACCUACCAGCAGUUCCACCACGAAGGUGUCCCGAAGAUAUUCACUGCAGAGCUCACAGUCCCUGCUUUCCUGGGAAGAGCUGCUGUCGGAAUACCUACAAUUUUAUUGGUCAAGUUCUGCAGCAAAGCCCUGUCCAAGUGGAUUCUUCCACUAGUUUCAAACACCUUGGGGAUCCCUAUAAGAUCAACCGGUUACAUCCCGGUGCUGAAUGCAGCAACAGGGAAGAAAUCAGAAGGUAAUAUGAAGCAGCAGCAGUCAUCAGUAGGGUACAUCCAGAAACUAUUCUUUUUCUCUAACCAAAUGGAUUCUUUUGACGUCGAUACUGGCAUAAGAUUCCUCCAGUAUGCAGGCCUUGCAUGGUCCGUCGUGGAUCUGGUCCCAUCUAUUUUCUCAUACCUAGGUUUGUAGAGACCCUGCAGACAACUGAUUGACCCGGUGAUUUUGGUUCAACUAUUCAGAGGAUGAUGAAGAUGUUGGUGUAAAUAUGAGGAGAUUUAUGAGUUUCAGUAGGGAGGGUUGUUAUAGUUAUAUUCUUCAGGGUGAGAAGCCAUCUUCCAGAGUCCAGACUGCUUUAAUCAUACAUAUCUCUUUAUCAUUGUAAUGUGUAGAAUUUUGUAAUGAAAUCUUCUAUCUUCCUAUGUAUUUAACCAUACUGUAGCCAGCGUCGUCCAGCU